AUGUUUAAAAAGAAUGAGGAUGAAAAUAUAAAAAAAAAAGGUACUGGAGCAAAUUUUGAUCCAAGCUCCUUUUAUUAUUCUCCAAAUGUUUUAAACCAAGGUGUACCUCCUCCAAAAUCAUAUGAUACAAAAUAUAAUUCAUCUGCUGAUAUACCUUUUGAUUAUUUAACAGGAGACAACAAAUUAAUUAAGCAUAGACAUCGCAAUGAGGAAGAGUAUUUUGAAGCUGACAGUGAUGAAGAAAAAGCUAACACUAAAGCAAUGAAAAGAACUCAUCCUGAUUUGAAACCUGAAUCGGAUUAUGAAGAAUUAGAAUACAUACCAGCCCCUGGAAGUCCUACUGCUUUUAACAUGGAUGCAAAUGAUGAUGAUGAUAGUAUUGAUCCACUGGAAGCUUUUAUGUCAAAAAUUGAUAAACAAGCUGUUAAAGAUUUAAAAGAAAUACAACCCAGUAAAAGAAAAGACAAAGGUCUUCGAGAAGACAUUGAAAAUGAGGAUGAACAAGAAUCGUUUUUUAGAUAUAUGGAAGAAAAUCCAAUGGCCGGUGUUGCUUACAUAGAAGAUGAUUUCCAAUUAGAAUAUGAUGCUAAUGGAAAUCCAAUUGUACCCGAACGUUUAAAGAUAAUAGACCCGCUACCACCUAUCGACCAUUCCUUUAUAAAGUAUAAAGCCUUUAACAAAGAUUUUUACGAAGAAGCACCCGAUAUUGCACAAUUAAAUGAUGACCAAGUUAAGGAACUAAAGCAAAAAUUGGGCAUUCAAGUUACCGGGGUUCUUCCCCCAAAGCCUGUAUGUAGCUUCGCCCAUUUUCGAUUCGAUCAAAGCAUCAUGUCUUUAUUGAGGAAACACGAAUUUACCCAACCUACACCUAUUCAAGCUCAGGGAAUUCCAAUAAUUUUAAGUGGAAGAGAUUUGAUUGGGAUAGCUAAAACUGGUUCCGGAAAAACUUUGGCCUAUAUUUUACCGAUGAUUAUUCAUAUUUUGGAUCAGGAAGGUCUGAAGGCAGGUCAAGGUCCCAUCGCUUUAAUUCUCGUACCAACUAGGGAAUUAUGCAUACAAGUGUACCAAGAAUGCAAAAAAUUUACCCCCUAUUUGGCCUCUCGUCAUAGUACUGUUAAAAAUAGUAUCGUUAUCGAUGAAAAUGAAAUUGUUGAUGAUUUUAAAAUUAUUUGUGCCUAUGGGGGAGGUAAUAUGUGGGAACAACAGAAGGCUUUGGAAAUUGGUUGCGACAUCUUGGUGGCCACUCCGGGUCGAUUAAUUGAUUUGAUCAAAAAAAGGGCUAUGAGCUUGGAGAAGGUCACCUAUUUAGUAUUAGACGAAGCCGAUAGAAUGUUUGAUCUAGGAUUUGAACCGCAAGUUCGUUCAAUAACUAAUCACGUUCGUCCUGAUAGACAAAGCCUUUUAUUUAGCGCGACAUUUAAAAGGAAAAUCGAAAAACUGGCUCGCGAUAUAUGUAUUGACCCCAUUAAAGUAAUUCAGGGUGAGCACGUAGGACAGGCUAACGAGGACGUCCUUCAACAAAUAAAAGUUUUCGUUGAGAAUAGUGGAAAAUGGCACUUUUUAAAACAGAAUUUGGUUAAAUAUCUAUCAACUGGUUCAGUUCUUAUAUUUGUUACCAAGAAAAUCAACGCUGAGGAACUCGCUUCUAAUUUAGCAAAAAAUGAUUUUAAAGCGGGUUUAUUGCAUGGGGACCUGUUGCAGAUGGAGCGUAACCGCGUUAUAUUGGCUUUUAAAAAAUGCGAAAUGCGACUUUUGGUAGCAACCGACGUGGCCGCUCGUGGUUUGGACAUCCCGCACGUCAGAACGGUCAUUAACUAUGACAUUGCUAGGGACAUUGAUACACACACCCACAGGGUAGGACGCACAGGCCGGGCCGGGCUGAAGGGCUUAGCCAUAACAUUCAUAACCAAAAGGGAUAAAGAGUUUGCUGGUCAUUUAGUUAGAAAUCUAGAAGGCGCUAGUCAAAUUGUUCCGCCGGAGUUGAUGGAGUUGGCCCUUCAAAGUGCCUGGUUUAAGAAAACUCGAUUUGGUAAAAAUGGGAAACCCACAAACAACGUCAAAAGAAUAGGCGGAGCUGGUUUGGGUUAUAAAGGAACUGACAUGAUAAACAUUGGCUCUAAACAUCUAAGCGCUAACUUUCCUAGCGACCAUCGUACUCACGUGGCAAAUACGGCGAAUAACAUAGGGCCUGGUUCUGAAAGAGUGAACAAUAUCAAAGCUGCUUUUCAAGCCCAAUAUAAAAACCAUUUCCAAGCGUCUAAACAAGAUAUUAAAUGGAAAUCACCCGCCACUGACAAUCCUUUUCCCAAUUUUAUACAAGCGCCAAAGAAUUCUCUCUCAUAUAAUUCAAAUAAAGCAUCAACGCCAUCUACAGGUGAAAAGAGAAAGAAAUCAAGAUGGGAAUAAUAUUGAAUAAAUAUAUUUAUUUACAUUUUUUCA